GUUAUCUGUCCAUCUACUGCAGCGCUGAUUGCAUUAGAGAGAGGGAGAGAGAGAGGGAGAGAGAGACGCUCCCUGUUUGAAGUGCACACAUUGAUAUUCUUUGUUUCCCCUCUUCCGAUGGAUGAACAAUGGAGAAGCCGUCAGCCGAAAUUUCUGGCGACGCUCCUCUUUUCCCACGCGCUGCAUCAUUGUUGACGAUGCCCUGGCUGCUGCUGCUGUUGUUGUUGUUGUUUUUGUUGUUGUGUGGGAGGCCAGGGACGGGACGGGCCUGAAGCGCCGCUAGAAAAGCGCACUCGUCUUGUUGCCGGUCUUGUGGACAGCAGAUCAGAUGCGCGCAGAGACAUGGUGACGCUCCCGGCUCUGGCGCACUACUGGCCCCUGGUGCGGUUCCUCGUACCGCUGGCCAUCACCAACAUCGCCAUCGACCUCGGCGAACAGGCUUUAAACAGAGGGAUCGCGACAGUCAAAGAGGAUGCAGUGGAAAUGCUGGCCAGUUACGGUCUGGCCUAUUCUCUGAUGAAGUUCUUCACUGGGCCUAUGAGCGAUUUCAAGAACGUGGGUUUGGUGUUCGUCAACAGCAAACGCGACCGGAUUAAAGCCGUCUUGUGUAUGGUCGCUGCCGGAACUGUAGCCAUCAUCUUCCACACGCUGAUAGCCUAUACCGACCUCGGCUACUACAUCAUUAACAAACUGCAUCAUGUGGACGACUCGGUGGGCAAUAAGACCAGGAAGGCUUUUCUCUACCUGGCCGCAUUUCCUCUGUUGGAUGCCAUGGCCUGGACCCAUGCUGGAAUCCUACUAAAGCACAAGCACAGCUUCCUGGUUGGCUGCGCCUCUAUCUCUGAUGUCUUAGCACAGAUUGUUUUUGUGGCGAUCUUGCUGCACAGUCAUCUGGAGUGUGUGGAGCCAUUGUUGAUUCCCAUCUUGUCUCUGUACAUGGGAGCGCUGGUGCGUUUCACCAUCGUUGGGCUGGGCUACUACCGAAACAUUCACGACAACAUCCCGGACUCCAGUGGCCCUGAAGUCGGCGGAGAUGCCACUAUUAAAAAGAUGCUGAAUUUCUGGUGGCCUCUGGCUCUCAUCUUAGCCACACAGCGGAUCAGCAGACCCAUCGUCAACUUGUUUGUUUCCCGUGACCUGAAAGGCACUUCUGCAGCCACUGAGGCAGUUGCAGUUUUGACAGCCACGUAUCCUGUGGGUCACAUGCCAUAUGGGUGGCUGACUGAGCUCCGUGUUAUCUACCCUGCCUUCGACAAGAACAACCCAAGCAAUAAGUUGGCAAACUGUGGUACGACGGUCACUAAGUCGUACAUCAAGCGUUUCACGUUUGUCUGUAUGGCUCUGUCAAUCACACUCUGUUUCGUGGUUUUCUGGACACCACACAUCUCUGAGCGUAUCCUGGUGGACAUCAUAGGUGUGAACCAUGCCUUUGCUGAGCUCUGUGUUGCCCCGUUACGAAUCUUUUCUUUCUUUCCAUUCCCAGUGACGGUGCGUGCUCACCUAACCGGCUGGCUCAUGACCCUGAAGAAAACCUUCGUCCUGGCACCAAGCUCUGUGCUGCGAAUCAUCGUGCUCAUCACCAGUCUUAUGGUGCUGCCCUACAUGGGGGUGCAUGGAGCUACUCUAGGGGUUGGAUCUCUCUUAGCUGGCUUCCUUGGAGAGUCUACAAUGGUAGCGAUCGCAGCCUGCUAUGUCUACCGGAAACAGAAAAAGAAGAAAGAUUGUGACGGGGAGGCAACCAUCGAGGGGGAGGACUCAGCUCCGAUGAAUGAGGUGCGCUCUGGCCGCCGGAUAGAUGACAUCGUUGAACUGAGAGAGGAGGAUGAGGAAGAAGAGUGAGCUCAUGAUUUUCUGAGACGUCGGCCUCAUGUGCAUUCCUCCUGGUUAUGUUCAGUGCUCGUAGGAGGAUGUGUUGAGGGGGGGAACCAGGGAUCUUUUGCUUUGCAGGGCAGUGUUUUCAUCGCUUCCUGCCCCCUUUUGCUGCUCUUUCCCCCUUUGCAAUGUGCACAUGGAGGAUGCUUAAAAAGGGAGCUGUAGUUAGAAAUCAUGAAAGACAGAAAGGACAGAUUUCUAUUGUAUUAAAUAUCAUUCAACCACACAUGCACAUCUCGGUAGAUGUUUUCCAGCUGUCGUCGGAAACCUCUGUGCAGAGGACAAUGAAGAUAUCGAUUUGUACCAAAGCAAUGUCGCGUGUUAACUGCUUUUCUUCUAUGCUCUGAGCUCUACUGUGCUGCCGUCCUAAACGUUUAUGAACCCUGACAUGGAAUAUAAAUACAAAAAUUCUACACACACUAACUUCAUCUUCUUGGAAUGUCAAUAUCUUUGGUUGUUAUUUUUUAUCUUGCAUACACCGCAGAAAGAAGAUAUUACCUUUCCAGGAGCGUGGACCUCUGAACCCGAAUGUUGCUCCACAGCUGAGACCUUUUAUUCUAGAAAUGUUUAAAAUAGAGUCACAGAUGCACACACUAAUACAUCUCUAUACAGACAGAUUUUUUAAAUCAGAUUUGAGUGUGUAUUAGAUUAAUAACAUGACUAGAUGAACAAAAUGGCUUCCGAGUGACAAGUGGUUGAAGUUUGCGGGCCAUUUUAGAGGCACUAUUUUUUAAUAUGCAAUGUCAUAGGUGUAUAAACUCUGGUACCGUUUUGUAUGGGUGAUAUAAAGUCUGUAUGUGGUGGGAAAAGGAAGGAGGAUAUUGCCGUGCAUUUUCUUUUCAUGCUCAUGCCUGUUGCAGUAUUUUUAAAAAGUACUUAUUUAAUUUGGCCAUUUAUUUUCAAUUUCAGGAUGUAACUUAUUGCAAUUAUAUACCGAUCAGCCAUAACAUUAUGACCA